AUGACGGCAUUUUCAGGUUCGCCUUCAAAAUCGAGCAAUAAUAAUUCCUUUUUAAGUCGCUAUAUGGAGAACCUAGGCACUGACGUAGCGCCUCCUUUGAGACCUUUGUCAAGCUCUAGACUUAACUCAUCGUCAAAUUUAGUGUCCUCAAUCAACCUGCAAAAAAAGACUUUAGUUAACAACUCACCAUAUUUAUCUCAAAAAGUAGAAGGCUCCGCAGCAAAGGCGAAAUCAUCCCCUCCCAGCAAACGCGUAGGAAAAUAUACAGUAGAUUUGAACAACUAUUCAAAGAUAGAAUUGAAGUACUAUGAAUUUUUAUGCAGGGUGUCGGAAGUUAAAAUAUGGAUCGAAGCAGUUAUUGAAGAGGCACUACCAUCAGAAAUAGAGUUAUGUGUCAAAGAUGUACUACGAAAUGGUGUGUACCUGGCUAAGCUAACUCAAAGGAUAAAUCCUGACUUGGCGACCACCAUCUUUCCUGCGGGAGACAAGUUGCAGUUUAAACAUACUCAGAACAUCAAUGCCUUUUUCGGGUUAGUGGAACAUGUCGGUGUUCCAGACUCUUUUAGAUUUGAAUUACAAGACCUCUACAACAAAAAAAACUUCCCACAGGUUUUUGAAACUUUACAUAUUCUUAUAUCAAUGAUUAAUAAAAAAUGGCCAGGCAAAACACCCCUCUUAACCAAUGUUUCGGGUCAAAUAAGUUUUACCAAGGAAGAAAUUGCCACUUGUAAAAAGACAUGGCCAAGGAUAAGGGACUUUAAAUCUUUAGGAACUAAUCUCAACUCUGUACCAGCCUCCCCUAAGGAACUUAGAGAAAAACGAAGUGGUUUAAUAAAUGACUUUAAUAGUUAUGAAAGGUCAAAUAUUCCAACGGAAGAAGUGCCAACCACCCCAAGCAAGAAUAUAAUUGACGUUAAUAACUACACUUCUUCCCGCACUUCUCCACCGCAAGCCUAUGAAACGCCAGAAAUGUUAAUCUCAGAUGCCAUGAUCAAGAAGGGGACAUUUACACCCAUCGAACCAAACCUCUUGGGCCCUACACCAUCCUUAGAAUAUAGCCCCAUAAAAAAUAAAAGUCUCUCGUAUUAUUCACCCAGUAUCUCAAAAUACUUAACAUAUGAUACAGAAUUUUACACUAGAAGAAGCCGUGCAAGAGAGGAAGAUUUGAAUUACUACCAAACAUUCAAAUACUCACCUUCUCAUUAUUCUCCCAUGAGAAGAGAAAGGAUGACGGAGGAGCAAUUUUUGGAGAAAGUGGUACAACUACAGAAUAUUUGUCGAGGAGUUAAUACCCGUUUUAACUUAUACAUUCAAAAAAGACUAUUGAGCCUGUUUGGACAAGACAUAGUAAAGUUUCAAGCAGGUCUAAGAGGAUAUAAGUUCAGACAAUUAUCAUCAAAUUCUUUGCCAAUAAGAAGGGUAAAGACUGAUGUCCCUCACAUUGAGUUAAUACAAUCACGCAUUAAGAGUAAUAGAAUUCGGUAUAAACACGAUAAUUUAAAAUUUGCACUGUCAAGGUAUUCAUCUAUCAUCGAAGGAUUGCAAGCAUUUUGCCGCUCAAAAUUGUUGAAAACCGAUGUUAGGAAAAAGUUGAAUGAUAUUGAGAUAUCCCACCCACCUUUAAUCAAACUGCAGUCUCACGUGCGUUCCUCUCAAAUGAGAAACAUGAUUAUCGCUCUCAACUCGAGAUUAAGUAAUGAACAUAAAAGUAUUAGGAGUCUGUCGGCCAUUAUUAGGGGUAAUUUCAUAAGAACUUCUGGAAAAGCUAUAUUAAUUGCUAUGGAUGACAAGCACAAAGAAAAAAUAACGAACUUCCAGAGUCUUAUUAGAGGAUCAUUUGUACGUUCGUCCUUAUUAUCAUCCAUAUAUUCACUCAGAAACGAAAACUGUAAUAUUAUUCAAUUAUCAGCAUGCAUGCGCGGCAGGGUCGUAAGACAUAAAGUUGGCUCACUUUUUGCGCCCGAAGACAAUAUUAAUGAGACUGUACACGAUCUUCAGGCAUUGGUGAGAGCCAUUCUAGUCCGUUACACGUUAGAUUUGGUAGACGACAUUGUGGAGUAUAACAAUCUAAAAGUGUUUCAAGCGUUUUCUAAAGGCGCCUUAGUACGUCAAAGCCUAAAUCAAAGAUCAAGUUUUUACCAGAGAAAUAUAAGAUCUGUUAUCAUGAUGCAAAGCUGGAUCAGAAAAAGUCUCCAAAAGUCCGCAUAUUUAGAGCUUCUAGACUGUCCAAAUCCAAGUCUGUGGGCUGUCAAAAAAUUCGUCUCUUUACUGAACGGAACAGCAACCAUUGAAGAGGUCCAAAAUCAACUGGAGAGUUGCCAAGCUUCUCUUGAUUCUGAAAAUAUGAAGAAGGAACGAUUAUUGAAAAACAUAAGACAGCAAUUGAACAUGACCGGUGUAUUGGAAAAAUACGGACUUUUGAAAGAUAGAGAUCAAGAACUUAGUAUAUCAGACUCUAAAAUUCCUAAGUCUAAGUAUCCAAAAUUCGAAAAAUUGUUUUAUAUGCUACAGGUCGAUCCUUCUUAUUGGAAAUUGUUGUAUUCAAAAGAACCAAAUUUUGUUGCAAAAAAUGUUUAUAUGACAUUUGGAACGGUAAACCAAAAGAUGAGUGAGAGGGAGAGGAUAUACUUUACCAGAUUUAUCUGUGAGAUGUUGCAAAACGCUGUUAAUGAUGCUGCAAAUAUUAGAAGUUUUCUUGAUAACAGAUCGCAAUUUUGGCGAACCAUUUUUCAAGAUUUUUUGAAAAGAGAGUCUCCAGAAUUCUUUUCCGUAAUUAUUCCGAUUUUGGAUUUCUUAACAGACCCAGCAGUGGAUUUUGAGAGUGACCCAUACAAAAUUUAUCAGGGUAUUCACGGCUUUAACUCACCUCAACAUUGCUCGCCUGUGGACGACACAAACACUAAGAACAAGUUCAUUGAGAACUUGAGAUGUUUAUGGCAUGCAAUUGAAAUGGUGGCAGAAAUCUAUACCAGAAAAGUCCACACCAUCCCUAUUGAAGUAAGGUAUCUUUGCACCAAAAUCUUCUGCUACGCCGCCGAUAAGAACACAGAGGAGAUUGAUUCGUUGAGAGCCAUAUCAAGUGUUCUGGUAAAUGUCUUUAUCUCUGAAUAUUUGAUCAAUAGACAGUAUUACGGAUACAAGGACGUUAACAUUCAAAAUAAUAAUCGAAAAAUCGAGAUUCUAAUAAAAUCCUUGGUUACUGUUUUUGAAAUGAAAAACUUCGACGGUUAUUUAGAUCCAUUGAAUCAAUAUGCUAACGAAAUAAAGCCACAUAUCAAAGACGUUCUUUAUAAUGUGUUAGUGGAUCCGGAGUACGAACAAGAAGGAGACAGAUUGAUCUACUUAGAUAUGGUAUCACCAAGUCCUAGAUUGGAACUAUUGACCGAGAAAGUUCUAGAAAUAAGCAGUAAGUUCGAAGAGUAUUUGGAUGAAUUCCCGGAAGCCGAUAUUUUGCACGAUAUUUUGGAAAAGGACUUGGAUACUUCAUCAUUUCCUAAGUCAGGGCGUAUCACUUUAGAAUUAGAUGCUUCUGUGUAUAGAUUUUUGGUGAGUGAUGAUAAGAUGAGGAAAAUUUACGAUCAAGUUAAGAGGGCAUUUGUAUACAUGAUGCAGAUCGAGGAUGUAGAUACCAAUCUGUAUGAUCUUUCGAUCAGUACAGUUCUUCCUCAAGAUGAGCCUAGCUUUUCUAAACUUUUGAAGGAAAAUCCUAAAAUCAGAGCAGAUCCAAUGGUACAGAAACUGAAGCCAUUGAAAUAUUUUACACUCAAGAACGUUACUUUGAAGAAAAUACAUGAACUAGAAAGCACAGGGACUUUUUGCUCUUCUGAUAACCAGUUGCAGAAUUUCUUAAAUGAUAUUGCAAAUACUAUCAAGAACCCCAACUAUGCAAUUGAUUAUGUUACGCAAGAAAUUCACAUCACAAAAGAUACUCUUACUACAAUUUCGGAAAUAAACCAUAGCUUAGAUAUAGAAUUAUCCAGGCUGAAAAAACACAUUGAUCAUACGAUAAGCAAUUUUCAGAAAGCUAGGGAUUUUUCACCAGUACAUAAAAGUAAGUUUGGAAACUUUAAGAGUGCAGUGAAAAAGGUUCAGGGAAGAGAGCGCUCGGAGCUACAAGGCAUGAAGUUCAAAUGGAAUACAAAGCAAUUAUACGAAAGAGGCGUUCUCAAGAACAUCAAAGGUGAAAAAUUAGCUGAAUUAACUGUAAAGGUGUUUGGUUCGAGUGGCCCUAAAUUCCCUGAUAUAAUAUUCAAAAUCUCCACAUCUGAUGGGUCUAGGUUUGGUAUUCAAAUGAUUGAUAAAAGAAAAGGACCCGAUAAACGGUACGCAGAUGAUGUUGACUCCUUCACAUUCAAAGACCUAAUGAAGACGCAAGUCGAACCAAAAGAUGAAACAUGGAAAUUGUUUCACUCAAGUGUCGUUGUUAACAAUAGUCAAUUACUGCAUUUGAUUGUUAGUUUUUUCUAUAACAGGAAUUCUCUGUAA